AGCAGGAGGGAUCAUUGCAGCAAUGAGCACAGGCUGGGUGCAAUAGAUCCAGCAGGAUCACCGUGUUGAGGGAGAGAGUGUCAGGUCUGUCGGUGCCCGUCCCUAGUUUGCAUUUGCCUCUCCUCAGCCAUGGUGGAUUUCCUGGCGGACAACAACCUCUGCGGGCAGGCGAUUCUGCGGGUCGUGUCCCGGGGUAACGCCAUCAUUGCUGAACUUUUGAGACUGUCCGAGUUCAUCCCGAGCGUGUUCAGACUCAGAGACAAAGCCGAGCAGCAGAAGUAUGGAGACAUCAUAUGUGACUUCAGUUACUUCAAGGGUCCUGAUGACUAUGAAGGGAAAUUGGACUCUAAGUCAGAGCUUCAGGAUCUAGAUGAAGAAUUUCGUGAAAAUCACAUUGAAAUAUUGACAAGAUUCUACCUUGCUUUUGAAAGUGUUCACAAAUACGUAUUUGAUUUGUCCAGAUUUCUUGAGGAUCUCAAUGAAGGUGUCUACAUUCAGCAGACCCUUGAAACAGUACUGCUAAAUGAAGAUGGAAAACAACUUCUUUGUGAAGCCCUGUACUUGUAUGGAGUUAUGCUGCUCGUGAUUGACCACAAAAUUGAAGGAGAGGUGCGAGAAAGGAUGCUAGUUUCCUACUACAGAUACAGUGCAGCACGUUCAUCCUCUGAUUCAAAUUUGGAUGAUAUCUGCAAGCUGCUGCGUAGCACGGGAUAUUCCUCGCAGCCUGGCUCAAAAAGGCCUCCUAAUUACCCAGAGAGCUACUUCCAAAGAGUGCCCAUUAACAAGACGUUUAUCUCAAUGGUGGUUGGCCGGUUACGCUCAGAUGACAUUUACAACCAGGUUUCAGCAUACCCACUGCCAGAACACCGUAGCACUGCUCUAGGCACUCAAGCUGCUCUGCUGUAUGUCAUCCUUUACUUUGAACCUUCCACUCUUCACACACAGCAAGCCAAGAUGAGAGAGAUUGUGGAUAAAUACUUUCCUGAUAAUUGGGUAAUAAGUAUUUACAUGGGAAUCACUGUUAAUCUGAUUGAAGCUUGGGAACCAUACAAAGCUGCAAAGAUGGCUUUACACUAUACACUGGAGCAGUCGAACAUCAAGGAACAGGCCGGUCGCUAUGGUACAAACGUUGACUGCCUGCGCCAGCAAGUGCAGCAGUUUCUAAAGGAAGGCUUCUUGAGAGAAGAAUAUGUGCUGGACCAUAUCCCUAAACUACUCAACUGCCUGAGGGAUUGUAACGUGACCAUUCGCUGGUUGAUGCUUCACACUGCAGACUUUGUGUACGAUCCAAACAACAAGCGUUUGCGACAGAUUAAGGAUCAAGUAUUAAAUGAUUCAAAAUACAGUCCAAAAACCCUUUUCCAACUGUUGCUGGACAGCGCCCAGUUUGAGUUUGUUUUGAAGGAGAUGUUCAAGCAAAUGCUGUCGGAGAAGCAAGUGAAAUGGGAAAGCUAUCAGAAGGAGGGCUCUGAGAGAAUGACUGAGCUGGCAGAGGUGUUCUCUGGAGUAAAACCUCUCACCAGAGUGGAGAAAAAUGAAAAUCUACAGGCUUGGUUUCGAGAGAUCUCAAAGCAGAUUUCUUCCUUGAAUUACGACGACUCAACAGCAGCAGGGAGGAAGACUGUGCAGUUAAUCCAAGCAUUGGAGGAGGUUCAAGAGUUCCACCAACUGGAAACUAAUUUGCAGAUCUGCCAGUUCCUGGCUGACACUCGCAGGUUUCUCCAUCAGAUGAUUCGUACCAUCAAUAUUAAGGAAGAGGUCCUCAUCACCAUGCAGAUCAUUGGGGACUUGUCCUACGCCUGGCAGCUAAUUGACAGUUACACGUCCAUCAUGCAAGAGGGGAUCCGCGCUAGUCCUUCCAUGGUAACCAAGCUUAAAGCUACGUUUUUAAAGCUGGCAUCAGCCCUUGAUCUUCCCUUGAUGCGUAUAAAUCAGGCGAACAGUCCUGACCUUCUGAGCGUAUCCCAGUAUUAUUCUGGAGAGCUAGUUGCCUACGUGAGAAAGGUCCUGCAAAUUAUUCCAGAGAGCAUGUUUCGAUCCUUGGCAAAGAUUAUCAAACUCCAAACGCACAAUGUUAUGGAAGUGCCGACUCGACUCGAUAAAGACAAACUGAAGGAUUAUGCCCAACUUGAUGCCAGAUACGAGGUGGCCAAGUUUACUCAUGCCAUAUCAAUUUUCACUGAAGGCAUUCUCAUGAUGAAGACAACCCUUGUUGGCAUUAUCAAGGUGGAUCCUAAACAACUGUUAGAAGAUGGGAUUCGGAAGGAAUUGGUCAGAAAGGUUGCCCUUGCUCUUCAUAAAGGACUUUCUUUUAACCCAAAAGCAAAGACUAGUGAAUUGAUGCCCAAGCUGAAAGAGAUGGCUGCCACAAUGGAUGGAUUCUACCGUUCUUUUGAAUACAUACAAGAUUAUGUCAGCAUAUAUGGGCUGAAGAUCUGGCAAGAAGAGGUGUCUCGCAUUAUCAACUACAACGUGGAACAAGAGUGCAAUAAUUUCCUGAGGACAAAGAUCCUUGACUGGCAAAGCAUGUACCAAUCCACCCACAUCCCCAUUCCCAAAUUCCAACAGGCGGAUGGGUCGACUUUCAUUGGCCGGCUAUGUGGAGAAAUUCUGAGAAUUACCGAUCCCAAAAUGACCUGCUACAUUGAACAGAUAAACACUUGGUAUGACAUGAAGACUCACCAGGAAGUAACUAACAAACAGCUCUUCUCAGAAAUCCAAAAUUCCUUGGGCACGUUUGGGCUAAAUGGACUGGACAGGUUGCUGUGUUUCAUGAUUGUCAAGGAGCUUCAGAUUUUCUUGAACAUGCUUCAUAGAAGUGUGCUAAGGGACAGGGCUGUGAUGGACACAAUCAAACCCUUUCAGAAUCAGUUAACUCCAAUUGAAGGAAUUGUGGCAAAUUCCAGCAAAGUGUAUUCUGCUACUGUGGCAAAAACCCAGAAGAUUUGGCCAUAUUAUUUGGACUCCAUACUUAAGGUGGGGCAGAUGCAGAUAUUGAGGCAGCAGAUUGCAAAUGAACUGAGUUACUCGUGCAAGUUUGAUUCUAAGCACCUUGCAGCCGCUUUGGAAAAUCUCAACCAAGCACUGUUGGCUGACGUUGAAGCACACUACCAGGACCCAACAUUACCAUAUCCUAAAGAUAAUAAUACACUGUUGUACGAAAUCACAUCUUACAUGGAGGCUGCAGGCAUUCACAACCCUCUUAGUAAGAUUUAUAUUACUACAAGGAGAUUGCCAUAUUUCCCAGUGGUGAACUUUCUGUUCCUAAUUUCUCAAUUGCCAAAAGUGCAGUAUGUUAAGAACCAAGGAAUGGUGUGUAAAAAAAACACAGAUCCCAUCGACUGGCCUCCCCUGGUUGUUGGACUUGUCACUCUUCUGAAGCAAUUCCAUUCACGUUACACGGAACAUUUUCUGGCCUUGAUUGGCCAGUUUGUUCGUUCUACUGUGGAACAGAGUACCACCAGUCAGAAGAUCCCUGAAAUGCCUGCAGAUGCCGUAGCUGCCUUGAUGUUCUUGGAGAAUUAUGUUCAUUACACUAAACUACCCAGAAAGGUUGUGGAAGCACAUGUCCCUAGUUUCAUCUUUGAUGAGUUCAGGACAAUUCUAUAAUGUUUUUUAAGAUGAAGAUAUAACUCUGCAAGGAAGUGAAGCAGAGUUUAUACAAACAUCUGUGAAAUACUGGAACCUUUUGCUCAUCACUCUGUCUUGGCCAGUACUAUAAGAGCAAAUUUCUUCUAAUACAGAAUUUUAAUGAAAGAGGUCUGUGAAUAUAUAACUCAGUUUUGUACAUGUGAUGGCAAGAUAUCCUUCUCUGCUGAAUCCUCUAGGUAGGUGUACAGAUAGAAAGCCUGUAUCAUCUAUGUUUAAUUUCUAAUGACCUAUAAAAACAAAAGAUACUUAAAAAGUAUUAACAAAGGUUUAACGCCCUUAAUGUAUUGCAUUCCAGUGAACUGUAAAUUAUCAAAAUCUGUUUGAAAUAUUACUAUUUGUAUUAAAUUAAAAACUGGAACUUCAACAAAAUUGAAUGAGUUUGUCUAAGGGAAAAUGUUUAUCUCUGUACACAAAACAUUUUUACACUGGCGAUGCAGGUGAUUUUUGACAGUGUCGCUAUGAAAUGUUCUUCCUGAUUGUGCUGUGGUGCUGAAGCAUUCAGUGCUUCUCCGAAAUAUUUUUAAGUAGGUGAACUGCCCCACAAUUGAAUUUCCAUUGAAAGAAAUUUUGCUUAAAGGCAGCAUUUUUUUCCUUUGCUUUGCAACUUAUAACUUAGGGAGAUGUCUUGAAUCAAAUAAAUGGGAAUCAAAUAAAACUUAACGUGACAUUGA